UUUAUUCUUCAAAAAGGGUUUCUUUCUUUCUUUCUUUCAUGGUAGACGAUCCUCUCUCUGAAUUGAAUUCUAUAAUAUCCUUUCUUUGAAUUCUUACCUGCAAAAAUGGCCAGAAGAGCCCUACCAAUCUUCACCCAAUUCCUUCGCCAAUCGGAGAAUUCACUCUCCGAACGAUUCUUCGCAUCCAGAAUCGAUCAUGUCCGAUCUAUCACAUACAUGCCCCGACCCGGCGAUGGUACACCUAGGGCUGUCACAUUGAUCCCAGGAGACGGAAUCGGUCCUCUGGUAACCGGCGCCGUUGAGCAAGUCAUGGAGGCGCUCCACGCUCCCAUUUUCUUCGAGCGUUACGACGUUCACGGCGAUAUGAAGACUUUUCCAACGGAGGUCAUGGAAUCGAUUAAGAAGAACAAGGUUUGUUUGAAAGGAGGUCUUAUGACUCCAGUAGGCGGAGGUGUUAGCUCGCUUAAUGUUCAUCUCAGGAAGGAACUUGAUCUGUACGCUUCACUCGUACAUUGUUUCAAUAUGCCUGGACUUCCUACCAGGCAUCAAAACGUUAAUAUUGUUGUCAUUCGUGAGAAUACCGAAGGAGAGUAUUCUGGUCUCGAACAUGAGGUCGUUCCUGGCGUUGUUGAAAGCCUUAAGGUUAUGACAAAGUUCUGUUCUGAGAGAAUUGCGCAAUUUGCUUUUGAAUAUGCUUACUUGAACAAUAGAAAGAAAGUUACAGCAGUGCACAAAGCAAACAUCAUGAAGCUUGCAGAUGGUUUGUUUCUCGAAUCGUGUAGAGAGAUUGCUAAAAGCUAUCCAGAGAUUAUUUACAAUGAAAUUAUUGUCGAUAACUGUUGCAUGCAGCUUGUUUCGAAGCCUGAACAAUUUGAUGUUAUGGUGACUCCAAAUCUGUAUGGAAACCUAGUUUCAAACACUGCUGCUGGUAUAGCUGGUGGCACGGGUGUAAUGCCUGGAGGAAAUGUUGGGGCUGAUUAUGCGGUUUUUGAGCAAGGUGCAUCUGCAGGAAAUGUGGGAAAUGAGAAAAUAUUGGUAAAGAAGAAGGCGAAUCCAGUGGCAUUGCUUCUGUCAUCGUCUAUGAUGUUGAGACAUCUCCAGUUUCCAUCUUUUGCUGAUCGAUUAGAAACUGCUGUGAAAAAGGUUAUAUCCGAUGGAAAAUGUAUGACAAAAGACCUUGGCGGGAACAGCACCACACAAGAAGUGGUUGAUGCAGUGAUUGCUGCUUUAGAAUGAUAUGUUUUUAACUUUGCACGCAUGUUCUUCUGGAUUCGCCAUGAUUUUCGCACAUGGGUAUUCUUUCGAUAAAUUCUUUAGUUCAAUUUUUGUUUGUUUGUUCCGAAUAAUAAUCUCUUGGAGAAGAGAAGCUAAAGAUGGAUUGAUUGAAUCUGUUUUUUGAGUUGGUUGGAUUUGUUCUUAAUAAACGAUUUUUUUGUCA